AUGCCAGGCAAAACUACCGUCUUCUCGAUAGCUGCACUAGCAGCUAUCUCGGCCUACAUUGUCCCGCCAAUUCGACAUGAACUGACAGUCUUGGGAGUCGGACGAGCAAUCCCGCAGUCUACAAUUGCCAAUGCCGUCGACUAUGUCAAGAUCGAAGAUACGACGCAUUGCGAAGACUUGCAUUACUAUGAACCUGCGAAUUUGCUGUUCACGGCUUGUGAAGACAACCCCAAACUCCGUUUUGAUUGGUUUCCUCCGUUGGGGAGUUUCGAUCCGCCAGCAGGUGUUGCACAGGGCAGCAUCCAUGUCAUUGAUCCCGAGACUAUGAAAAGCAUACGUCUGUCUUUUGUCAACUUUGACGGAACUUUCGUAUCUCAUGGAAUCGAUGUCAUCGCCGACCCUCAGGCUAAAGAUGCCGUCUAUAUUUUUGCAGUGAACCAUGUUCCGGAGCCCGAGUUUGUGUCUACCCGCCGCGAACACAUUGUCAAGUCAAGUUCUCGCAUUGAGAUUUUCAGACAUGUAAUUGGCAGCAGCACCCUGAACCACAUUCGCACGAUCUCACAUAAGCUGAUCGAGACUCCCAACGAUAUCUAUGCCGUCAGUCCAACUGAGUUCUACGUCACAAAUGACCACAGACAUAGAGAGGGUUUGAUGAGAGAGCUUGAGACUUUGGCACCCGUCGCAUGGUCGACUACUGUCCAUGUAACCAUCACAGACCCCUCCGAAACUUUCUAUACCAAAGGCUUCGAAAUCAAGACUGCACUCACAGGCAUCAAAAACAACAAUGGAUUGGGCCAUGUGUACGGCUCCAACGAAGUCACUGUCUGCAGUGCAGAGCGAGGCAUUCUCUACCGCUGCAUCCCCGACCCCGAGGCCAAAACCCUGGCUAUUGAGGAAACUGUGCACAUGGAUAGUACCCUCGAUAAUCCAUCUUGGUAUCACGACCGUUGGGCUUCUGCUGAUGACGACAAGAGCGGUUACGUGCUUGCCGGCCUGGCGCGCGGUAUCGAGCUCUUACAGAACACGAGAGACCCUACAGGCAAGGAUCCAACAUUCGUGUGGUUGGUGCAGCACCGACAAUCUUCUUCCACCGUCGACAAAGCUGUACAAGCUAAGGGAGAUUGGGAGAAGAGACUUGUUUUCGCCGACGACGGAACAAGACUUAGAACAGCCAGUGCAGCCGUCAUUGUGGGCAUUGACCCAAAGAAGGAAGGAGGAAAGAAGAAGGGCUGGUUGUUUGCUACUGGGUUCAUGUCUGCGAACGUGGUUGCUACAAAGAUUGAUUUGUGA